UCCUCAUGUUCAUGUUUCGCAAGACGUGUCAGUCAGUUUCACCUCAUCUAUCUACACGAGCAUCGAUGAGUUGAAUGUCAAUGUUGUCUCACCUCCUGUUAUUGGUCUCAAAUAAAAGAUCUGUAAUGUGGCAUACCAGUGUUCAUAGCCGAGUAUUUACAGCAAAUUAAAUAUUUAAAAAAGACAAUUAACAAUGAGUGCAAGGUUAACGGGGCUCCUCUGGGUCCUCCUCGCCCUCGGGACCAUCACCACGGUCACCGCAAGAAUUCACAAGCUCGAAAUACGGGGUGACACAAGACGCUACAUCGCUUUAACAACAUUUGGAUUUUAUCAGGGAGGCAUUCUGACAGUCAAUUUAACGAAUUUCAAAGUCACGCCAUUCAAUGAAAAUUCAAUUUAUGGAUUCAGUUUGGACAGGACUAGGAGUGAUGCAAUGAAUCCGUAUUUAGACAGUCAUCAAGAGAGAUGUUUGCUGCAGGGAGUCACCAGCCCCAAGGCUGACCUCGACUCUAAGGAUGAUAGUUCGGUGAUUUAUUUCACGAUGGAUUUCAAAAAUAAAUUAUUACUCGUCAAUUGCAGUCACAACGUGCGAUCGCUUCACAUCUCCAGUGAUCCAGAAGAAAUUAGAAAUUUCAGAACUAAAAGAAGAUUAUCUUCUGGAUUCAGUGAUACCGCUCUGUUUCCUCGUAGGAAACGCGACACUGCACCUCAUGAUAUCGACAUGGAUGAGGCUGGGAGAAACAUACAGAAUCAAAUAUGUUCGAAAAUAAACAUUCCUAUAUCAACUGAAACUAUCAAGGGUGAGAAAUACUUCAACACGAGUUUCGCGAUGUUCGUGGCGAAUGAGGAGGAAGAGGGUAGAUACAAUCUCUUCCUCCACAGUUGUCCCAACUAUAAUUAUGAUACUCGUGUCACGAUCGAUUUUACGAUGAGGAUAGUGGCGAAGAAUAGAAGGAAUUUCUUGAGUGCUGGUGAAAUGCCACUUCCGUCGCUUUAUUUCAUGAUGUCACUCUUAUUUUUUGUCUCUGGGGUUUUCUGGGUAUUUAUCUUGAAAAAGAGCAAGCAUCCAGUCUUCAAAAUCCAUUAUCUCAUGGCUGUUCUCGUCUUCUUGAAAUCUCUUUCACUGCUUUUCCAUGGAAUAAACUUCCACUUUAUUCAAACUAAAGGGGAACACGUGGCAGCUUGGGCUAUUCUGUAUUACAUCACGCAUUUGCUAAAAGGAGCUGUUCUUUUUAUUACGAUUGUGCUUGUGGGCACUGGAUGGGACUUUAUCAAACACAUCCUGGCGGAUAAGGAUAAGAAAAUUUUCAUGAUUGUUAUACCACUUCAAGUUCUGGCCAACGUUGCUGAAAUUAUAAUUGAAGAAAGUGAGGAGGGGGAUGUGGAGCACAAAACGUGGCGUGAUGUAUUCAUCCUAGUUGACCUGCUCUGCUGUGGUGCUAUUCUAUUCCCAGUGGCAUGGAGCAUAAAACAUCUUCAAGAGUCAGCAAAUACCGAUGGAAAAGCGGCUAUCAAUCUUCAGAAGCUCAAACUGUUCAGGCACUUUUAUAUCAUGAUUGUGUGCUACAUCUAUUUCACUCGGAUCAUCGUGUACUUACUGAAGAUGACAGUACCUUUCCAGUACGAGUGGCUCGAUGAAAUGUUCCGUGAAAUGGCAACGUACAUUUUCUUCGUAUUAACUGGCUAUAAAUUCCGACCAGCAUCGGCUAAUCCAUACUUCACAGUGAACGAUGAUCUGGCAGCAAACGAGGACGAUGAUGAAAUGGAUGUUGUGCUUUUUUCCAGUGUCUCAGGGGCCAGUGGAUUUGCCGAGGGUCUCGGCAAGGUCUCCAGAGCAACGAAAAUCGUCAGGCCAACAACAACAGAAAUCAGUGUCAAUGAUGAAGAACGAGACAGCCUCAUAAAUAAACGUGAAGCUUCACAUGAGUAUGACUGAACCUCUAAUUAAUAAAAAGACUCACUUAGAAAAAUAGAAAAUUUAUACAAAGUGUUAGGAGUUUUGGUGAAAGACAUCAGAGCCUCGAACUGAGUUUAGUCACUUGGGAAUAUUUAGAUGUCAAAACUCAAGUGAUCCCUUGGUGUUUUCCAUUUGAUUUGGGUGGUAUAUUGCAACGACAAAGUGGCAGGCCGUUUGUCGUAAUGUUUUCCUUAUAAUUAUUUUAUUUUAUUAUUUCUUUCUGUCUCUAGUGUCCAGCACUAAAAGAAUAAAAACCAACGUAGAUUGAGAAUGUUUUAGUAGGCAUUUAGAGUUACAUUUCCAAUAAAUUGUUUUUCAAUUUAUUAUCCUUAUUUGGUCGUGAAUUAAGAACCAACAACAAGAAACUCACAAGAGAGUUUCAACCGAUUUUUCGUAUCCUAGGAGUUUGUAUAAUUGUGAUAAUGAGAACCAACUAAAAGAUUGUGUGUUUAAAAGUCAGAAGAUAAUUACGGGUGUUGUGUUUAGUGAUCCAUGACCAUGCCCGUUGUCCAAUUUCCUGUAAAAAAAAAAACCAAAUCACAUUCAGUUGUUUUUCAAACUGCUAUUGUAUUCCGUAUUCUUACAAUUAGAGAUAAUUUUCCGUUGCGGUAUCAAUGCGAACUAUCAUAGUAAAUUUAAUCAUAGAUGUAAUAAUAAUCACACAACUGUAUAAUGGUAGAAUAUUUUCUAAUUAUGAUUCGUGCACACGCGUUAUUGAGAAACUAUCUGGGAACGCAGAAGAGCAAGUGUUUUAGCAGGAUAUUUGACUCUUUCGUAUUUGUUUAUUGAAGUAAAUAUCUGUGGUAUGUAAUUAUGAAAUAUGUGCGAAAUAAGAUGCAGACUGUGGAAAUAUGAAUGAUAAACAAAUAAAUGAUAUUUUUAUGAAA